CAGCGUGAGGCCGAGGAGCGUGCAAGAGAAGAGGCCCUCCAACGACAGCGGGAGGCUGAGGAGCGCGCAAGAGAAGAGGCCCUUCAACGACAGCGGGAGAGUGAGGGACUUGGGGUUCAAGUUGCUGAGCAUGGGGUUUUAGGCAUUAGUCGCAGUGGAGUAAUGGAUAUGGAGUGUAAUGAAGCAGCUUCUGGAUUAGAUGAGGUUGGAAGUUCUCUUGUUCAUGCGCAUGCGUCAUCUGCUAAUCCUGGAAUGGACGGUAAUUCUUCAUAUCCUGAAGGUGUAGAAGAUAGCGCACAUGUGAGUUUGCUUUUGGAAAAAGAUGAAGUUCAUUCUUCAAGUUAUUCAGGGAUAAAUAACAGUCCAAGGAGUUAUGGUAGUGGUGAGGAUUAUGAGACUACGUCGGAUGUGAGUCUUGCAUCUAGUAUUGUUAUUGGACAAACCCAAAAUGAUAAUGGUAUUUUGGGGAAUGAUUUGAUCAAUGCCGUGGAAGUUUACCCUGAUGAAGAUCCAGAACAUGAGAUGUUUGAGACGCAUACGUUAGCAGAAUUGCGGCGUUUAGGCCUUUCUGAAACAGAUGUGAGUAGUCGUCGUAUUGAGUGUCAUGAGUAUGUUACGAUACGAGAGCCCGGACGUUGUUUGUAUCCUCCUGGUGAGGAACGAGAGGGGGAUCUUUCCGCUGUCAGCAUGCAGCUUGGGUUCUUUCGUGCUAAGCAAUUCAUAAUUACCAGUUUUCUCUCACGGUUGAAACGUAUUGCGGAACGAGAGCUAGAUGAAGGUGGCGUUCGUCGACGACUGAGCACCAUGCACUGUUUCUUUGAGAGUGAAUUGUUAAAUGAUCCAUCCGUGACAUUUGAUGAUGAUGAUCUUCCACACAAUGCACCGUCUGAGUGUAUGAUGCCGCAUUACGAACUUCUUACAGAGACAGCAAAUACAACAGUUAGUAAAGCCGUUAAUCGGGUUUCAUUUGGUGAUCCUAUUCAGGUAUGGGAAAGAGCGCGUGGUCAUUCCUUUGAUCUUAUUAAAGGAAUGAAAGAUAACGCGCAGGGAAAACAGACAUAUACAAGAGGACCAACAGCAAGUAACAUUUGGAGUGGUGAUGUUGAUACGAAAAAACCAACAACUUCUGCUAAAGUAUUUUCUGGUGGUGUUCCACUUCGUGUUGAAUGCACAAAAAUUGCUGGCCCUAUGAUUAAUAUUCAUGGGAAUGAUGUUGAUCCAUUGAUCUUCGCCUUAUAUUUUUGCAAUAUUUCUUCAAAUAGCAGUAUGAAGGUUUCUGAGACAUUUUAUUUUGGCUCUGCUGUUGACAUUUUUUAUCCCCAUAAAGAACGCAGGGAACUUUGUCGAGAAAAUCGGGUGGUAACUUUCAUUCCGCAGGAUUUCCUUGGUUCACUCUAUCUUGUAGUACGUGUUUAUCGUCCUGCAAGUGAGGACUUUGAGAAUUAUGUUGAUCUUUACACAAGACCCGACCGAUACAAGAGCCAACAUGUGAUUCCAAUGAAACAAGAGACUCAACUACUUGCAAUGUCAUCAGAUGCAUUAGAAGAACUUGGAUGGGGAGCGAUACGGUGUUGGCAAGAGCGAAAACCAACAGAAACGAUAGAAUUAAAACGUCUUUACCGUAAAGCCGUUGAUGAUACUCAACUUUACCAACUUGUUAAUGAUGAACGCUCUCGUAAUGCUUUGCGAACGGUUCCAUUUGAGUUAGAGUUUUCUCUUUCUGACUGUACAACAUAUGAAGUGGCAUUUCCCACUGAAUUCAGUGAACCUCGUCCAGAAGAGAAUGAAACAGUUGUGAGUUUAUUAAACUCAGAUGUUCCUGGAGCACGAGCAGAGACAUACAGGUAUGCUCCUUGCUCUAUCCCUAUUCUUAACUCUGGUUUCUUUCAUGCAUACCAUAAUGUGUAUUAUUUCCGUAUUAAUAAAGUAAAAAUUGCAAACACAGGUGUACUUCGCAAGGUACCAAAUACCCAUCGUACAUUUGUAAUGCAAUUGUGUGUGAAGGAUCAAGAUGUUUCACUUUCUGAAGAAGGAUUACCACUUAUAUAUGGACGUAGUUUGUCCGGUAAAACACUUGAAACCUCUGCAUGGACCUCAACAGUUCACAAUUGUGCUGAUUUUGAAUUAAGUGAUGAAUUUAAAAUACAAUUGCCUCUUUAUUUAACAGAUUCUCACCAUAUCUUUAUUACACUUUAUGCUUCCUACCAAAAAAAGAAUCCCCCAUCAGCGGGACAGCAAAGACUUUACAAAGUUGGCUACGCAGCAUUCCCUAUUUGCCGCAAUGGCGUAGUUCAAGUAAAGCAAGAUUGGAGUAUAAACUUUGUUUCUGUUGAUCAAGCAGUGGUGAUUGCUGCAGGAGGGUAUCUUACAAAGUUUCCUGAGGCCCCAUCCGCUGCACUUGUUAAUAAUGGUUCACCUGUUCUUCGUGCCAGUACUCAAACACGUACGUCUGUUCAUGCUUCCAAUAAUAUUAUUGCAGGAGUCUUAAAACACAUACCUGCUGCUUUAGUGAGUGUAUCACAAAAUGAUGACGUUCUUGCAUCUUCAGGUAAUAUAGGUGAGGUUGGGGAGAUCAAUGACGACAGUACACAUCUAAAGAUAGUUGAUCUUAUGCAAAGAUUACCUCUUGCAGAGAUUUUGGCUUUCUAUCCACUACUUUCAUCCUUUAACCUUGCCAUUAUCAGUUCUCCAUCAAAACGGGUAAGUUUGGAUUGCCGCACUGCUGCAUUAGAUGUCUUUAUAGACAUAAUGUUUAAAGCACAACAAUAUGAUUUGGCUUCACGGGCAGCAAAACGGAAGAAAGAACAGGGAUCAAAUACUUAUGCAAAGACUUCUGCGGCAAUAUAUUUAUAUCAUUAUUUUACUAAUGAUGUGUUAUAUAGUGGAAAAAGGUAUCGUGUAUAUGCUGGCGUUGCAGAAACAUGGCUAAAUCUAUUAAAAAAGUCUAAAGAAAAUGCAACAGAAAAUCCUGUUGAUGCUCCAGCAGGUGAAUCAAAAGGUAAACAAACCGCCCGUAAUAUUAAAAAGCAAAUGGCAGAUUUAUCUUGGUUUCUUUUUGAUGUUAUAUUGCGUUCUCUGUAUCUUUGGGCAUUAGAUCGGCCAAAGAUUCAUAGAAAUCAACUGUUUCACCCUAGUUUUUACACAAUACUGGGGGAUCUCUGUGUUACUUUCUUAAGUGUUCUUCAUGGUUUUGCAGUUGAUGGUGGAUUGGUACAACGCGUUGCUCUCUUUGUGCGUAAUCUUUUUAACUACUGUGAUCGUGGUCAAGUUUUAUUGAUUUACCAACGUGUGGUUGAACAUCUUGCAGAGAUGGGAGACAUGGAUGGAACAUGUGUUUUUCUGAGAAUUACUCUAGAAGAUCCAGAAGUGGUAAAUUUAAUGUUACCAUCUCCAUUUUAUACAAAACCAGUUUUUCUAACACGUAUAUUAGUGGAUGUCUUAUCAAGUUUACUUGUACAUAAGGAUAGAGACACGAGAGCCUCUGCCAUAGAUGUACUCUAUUCAUUCUUUUGCGGUAUUACAAAUAAUCCACAUAUUCCUGCUGUUACUCUUAAGUAUGUGGCCUCGCAGUUUUUUGUAUUAAUUCGUUCAUUGUCUUCAAAUUGGAAGACGUACCUACAACUGUACACUAAACUUGAUUCUGCGGUAGCUGUUGGUGACAAACGUCAACUUGUGGUAACGAUGUUAUGGAUUAUUUACUAUACACCACGUAGAUUAAUUCAACACUGGUUAGUAAAUGAGAGUGAAUCGAAGGUUCUCGUUGGAUUUUUGAACAUUAUUUCAGAUGCCCAAUCUCUUCUUCGUUAUAAUAAUGGUACAGAUAAGGCAAGUCUUCAUGCUUCUCCUUCUCAAGCUAUAGAAUUACGGGAAUGGGAUGCUCGUAUGUCUACUUUUGUAACCGCUAUUGGAUCACGUAUGUGUAGUAUAAUUCUACAAGAUAUUCCUCACUCUCUACAAUCAUUACGAAAAGAAAAGGCAAAUGUUGUUGUUUUCCCAUUCUUUGUUAUGCUUGAAUCUCUUGUUCAUAUGGGAAAUUCUACGAUUGCCCUUCAAUUCGGAUCUUCUGCUAUGUUUGAAGUGGUAUGCACUUUAUUUCCUGAAAUUAUGAGUCGGACAGCACGUAUGAGUACUGGAAUGGUAUUGUUGGUAUUUCGUUUAAUGAGUACCUGUUGUCAAUAUGUUCGUUAUAUUUCUGGACAAUCAUUCUUUCUUAUGUGUCAAUCCUACUUUACAUGGACUAAUUCUCUUUCACGCAUGAAAUCUCUAACGGCAAAUGCUCUGGUUUCUGUGGCGGAGUCAAAGGCACGCAAUCUACGCUUAGCAGGUCGCUUUAUUGAGUUUCAGUUUGAUGAUUUAAUGGAACGAGCCCGAAAAGAAGAAGAACGUUUCGUUCCACCAACGCCGGAUUAUAACAACCGGUAUGAGAGCGAUGCAAACCAGGUUGGUGGUAACUCUGGUGAAGCAUAUAAAUAUCAUAUUAAACCAGCAUUUCUCUCUGUGCAAAGACGUAUUCCUAUAUCAAAAUAUCUACUUGAAAAAGGUAAACAAAAUAAUACAGAAAAUUGGAAUGGUAGUAUGAGUACCUUGGGAGUUGAAAGAACUGAAGGGAUGGGUCCUCCACGUUUUUCUCAAGAGUUUGCAGGCAUGUCUGAGUCUACUCUUAGUCUUUUUCGAGAUGUUCUGAGAUUACAAAUGGAUGAUUCUAUGCGUUUUAAAGAAGCGAAAGUAUUUGCAUAUUUUGAAGUAUUACGUAAUUUUUUGCGUCAGAAUGCAUUACGUGAGGUAUUAAAAUGGCUUCAUCGUCUCUAUGAAACUCAUAAAAAUAAUGGUAAUAUGACAGAGGCUGGAAUGGUAUUUUUUUUUAUUGGAGCUCUCUGUUUCCGUGUAACGGAGGUAUUUUACUAUGUUAAAGGGAAAACCUCCAAUGGUGCACGUAUGCCUUUUGCUUUACUUGAUUAUGUUUUUUGGCAAGACUAUGUACGUGUAUUGCCUGAAGUGGAUGUGUUACUACCAGCGGACACUGUGUAUGCUAUUGUGUCGGAAUUAUAUAUAUGCCCAGAUGAUCCAUGCUUUACGGUGGAGGGUCAAGUAAAGACAUUAAAGGAGGCUGCCGAACAUCUUGAAAAGGAGCAAUACUACGAGUUUGCUGUUGCUACGAUGGCGAUUGUGGAUAAAUAUCUCCGAGCUGUGAGUGACUUUAACAGGGCUGCCGUUGUGCAUUUGUCCAUGGCGAAGUGGUGCACAUCUAUCGCCCGGUAUGAAAAGCGGGAGAAUCAUCGUUAUUUUCUCCUAUGGGCCCGCAUGGAGCGGGAGGAGCGGCCAAAGACCCGGCGGGAGAUGCAGGAGGGGGAGACGCUGCUGCCGGAGCAGCCGCGGGGACUGCCGGGCGGCCGGGCGAUCAAGCGAGUCUACAAGAUGCCCUUCGCCACCACGCAGGAGGAGUUCGCGGAGUACAGCAAAGCCUUCAUCACGUCUCUCUUCGAAGAUGCCAAUCUCGUGGUCGCCACAAGUGCACUCGCCGACACACUUCCCGCUAUUCCUGAGCCAACAUCAAAGAAAAAGCGGGUGGCCGCACUGCAUCAGGCCCCUAAUCAUUGUUUGCUCACGGUAUUUGAAGUACAGCCAACUGUUGAGAAGGGUGAAGCACCACCUCAUGAUGGUUUUGAUAAAACCGUGCAUAUAUCAAAAUUUCAAAACGUUUACCAUAACUAUGAAAAGAGAGAAGCGGAUGAGAAUGCAGCGAUGGAUAUAAUGAACCAACGUAUGGUGAUUAAUACUUACGAACUGGAUCGUGCCUUUCCGUCAACGACAAGUGCUAUUGAUGUCAGUAAAACAGAAUCCAUGUUUUUGGAUCCUUAUGAUACUGCAAAGGAGAUCUUGAGUCGUAGUAUAGAGAAAAUUGAACAAGCACCUGAAGAUGAUUCACUUAUAGUAGAAUUACGCGAGUCACUUUCACCUAUGCAAAUUAAACCACCAGGUGCAUAUAUGAAAGAAGUCAUCGCUACUAUGGUUACUAAUGUACCAGUCAUGAAUACAAUUAAACGACUCAGUAGUCUGGUUCGAACUAAACUCUCUAUUUGCGAAAAACAAGACGUCAUAACAAAGCACCCUGAGGAUUAUGCUCUUGUAUUAAAGGCAGUGACAGACAUCGAGUGUUGUGUCAUAGCAUCGGAAGAUAUAAAAACUUCGGAAGCUUAA